AAGAAAUCAGAAAACACAAAUCUGAAAUUCUGAAAACAAGAACAAUUAGGUUACGGAGUAAGAAGAGUUUGCCACAGAGGAGAUCGAAAAGGACAUAGACUAGUGUAGCUGUCUUCUAUACAGUGUUCUCUUUUGCGCUUUCCAUGAGAAUUCUAGGUCCCUAUUCCUAUGGAAGACUUGUUUUAGCCAUUUCAAAUAAGUCAACAUUACAUACAAUACCUGGUUGAUCACGUCAAUUGUCGUAUGCGUCUCAAAAAUUAAACCAUGCAUUUGUAAGUACAAACUAAUUACUGUGAAACUACGAGUCACUCAUUAAGUCAGUCUUCUUUUUCUUUUUUCUUUUGUUCUAGUGCAGUUUUUCUAAUUUUAAUUUCUAAAUUUAUUGCUUUUGUAUAUGAUUAACCAACCUAUUGUCUUGCAACUGUACAACAUAAAUGUUACAGAUCAUAUGCAAGCAUAUAUAUUGAUCUUAUAGGGUUUUUUUUUUAUUUAGGUUGCAAAUUUUACAAUGGAUUCCAUGAAAGGACAAGGAGGCAUUCAAAUGCUUCUAACUGCAGAACAGGAAGCCCAGCAAAUUGUAACUGCUGCUAGAAACUUGAAAAUGACAAGGUUGAAGCAGGCUAAAGAUGAGGCUGAGAGAGAAGUAGCAAAUUAUCGUUCAUAUAUGGAUACAGAAUAUCAAAAUAAAAUUUCCGAGACAAGUGGGAGCUCUGGAUCAACUGCAAAACAGCUUGAAGCGGAAACAGACAAGAAGAUUAAAAAUUUGAAGGAGACGUCAUCAAGGGUAUCACCAGAAGUUGUUGGGAUGCUCAUCAAGUAUGUCACUACUGUCAAAACUUGAUGCAUCAUGCAUCGAGAAAACUCAGAAAAUUAGGAGAUAUGGAGAACAACAGGCAAUAAAGGCGUAGGUAUUGAAGACAAGAUGCAAGAAUAAGCAUUUGUUGUCUCUUAUUUAUUUCAUUUUCUUGAUUCAUUUGGUCAGUUCUAU